AUGGUCAAGCCCAACUUCAUCUCCGUGGGCCUCCUGGCGCUUUGCAUCGCCAUCGCCUCGGGACCCCAGUCGGUCUCGGCCGAUGCCAUCCAGGACGCGACAAAGGGCGGCGCCAAGGCGUUUGACGCUGCUUUCGAUGCGUGGACCGAGUCGAGCCUCCGAUCCUACCUCCUCGAGCGCGGCGUCAUCUCGCCCUCGUCGACGCGCGAGCAGCUCGUGGUCCUCGCCAAGCAGGACUACAACAAGUUGGCCUCGUCGGCCUCGUCGGCGACGGGAGCCGCUGCCACCGCCGCCUCGUCGCAGUACAAUGCCGCAUCGAGCUACGCCGCCUCGGUCCAGUCCGCAGCCUCGGCGUCGGCCUCGAGCGCCUACAGCGGCGCCAGCGUCGCCGGCAGCAGCGUCUCCAAGUCGGCCUCGGCCUCGGGCUCGAGCCUGUCCAAGGACGCGCGCGCCUCGGCCUCGAGCCUGUCGCGCAACGCGCCCAGCGCCUCGGGCGUCUCCAAGUCGGCCAAGAGCGCCGCCACGGCGGCCAGCAAGAGCGGCGCCUCGGUGCUCAACGACGCCAGCAAGACGGCCACCUCGGCCUACGCCCAGGCCACCGAGCAGGUGGCCAAGGCCAUCGACGACAGCACCGACUACGUCUACAGCGCCUGGAGCGACAACGACCUGCGCAGCUGGCUCGAAAAGCACGGCGUCAUCAAGACCAAGACGCAGGCCAGCCGCGACCAGCUGCUCGACAAGAUGCGCGGCGCCUACGCCACCACGGUCAACGCGCCCUACGAGGCCUUGUCGGACAGCUACCUCCACAACUGGCUCGUCGACCACGGCUACCUCCGCUCGCCCGCCCAAAAGACGCGCGACGAGUACCUCGGCCUCGCCCGCGACUACUACCACUCGGGCCAGGACUCGGUCUACGACGGCUGGAAGGAGUCGCAGAUGCGCGACUGGCUCAUCCGCAACAACGUCAUCAAGAGCGACUAUCAGGCCAAGCGCGACGAGUACGUCAACCUGCUGCACAAGCACUACGCCAACGCCGAGAGCGAGCUGUGGUCGUCGUGGAGCGACAGCGACCUGCGCAGCUGGCUCAUCCAGAACGGCUACAUCAAGAGCGACUUCCAGGCCAAGCGCGACGACCUCAUCGCGCUGGCGCAGAAGCACGGCUCGUCGCUGUCGGACUCGGCCAAGGAGUACGUGGCGUGGUCCGACGCCCGGCUGCGCGACUACCUCAGGCAGAGCGGCAUGCCCGUCGAGCAGAUCCCCAAGAAGCGCGACCAGCUGCUGCGCGAGAUGCGCGCGCGCUACGUGCCCCACAAGGGCGUCUUUGGCUACCUCAAGGACGGCGUCCGCCAGGCCUACUUUGGCGUCCAGGACAUCCUGGGCAAGGGCGAGCAGAAUGCGCGCGUCGCCAGCAUCAGCGCCAGCUCGGCCGCCAGCGCCGCCUCGGCCGCCGCCGCCUCGGCCUCUUCGCGCGCCCACGACGAGUUCUAA